AUAAUCAGCUGAAGCAGCUCUUGUGCCACGCAAAAUUAUAAAUUAGUUAUUUUUUAAUCUAAGGAAUAUAGAAUCAAGUUAAAUAUAGGACAUUGAGCCAGAGAGCGUUGAUCAACAGGACGCAGACAGCAGGCAGCAUGUCGUGGCUAAACAACAGCCUCGUCACCAUCAAAGGACAACUGACGCACUUGGCCCAGGAGGUGUUGGCCGACACAGCCGGACCCGGCGACGAUGAAUACCGCGGACCUGACCUAAACACUAAGACGGCCGUCGAGCUGCUGGCCGAGACACAGGAGCUGAAAGAGCAGCUAGAAAAAUCAUGCGAAGACAAGGACCGUGAGAUUGCCACACUACGCAAGCAGCUUGCAACACUGAAGACCAGCCAGAAAAUUAGCGAAGCUGGCGCUGGCGGUGACGUUGAUGGCGCCACAAGAAAAUCGCUGCAUCCGGGCGAUGAUCAAAAUGUGGAGGACAGCUGGUUCUGGGAGCCCGCUGGCUCGGAGGCAGCAGCCACAGGGCCCGGCAAAAGCGCAUCGGAUGCGAGCUUGGUGGAGGUGGCGCUGCCCGACACACCGGAUGUGGCUCGGCUGAAUCUGACCAUUGCGAGUCUGGAGCGCGACAAUGAGGAGCUGCGCCACUCGCUGGACAUGCUCGAUGCACAGCACGAGCAGGCCAUGCAGAACAUGCUGGGCCAGAAGACAGAGCUGCAGGCGCAGCUGCAGGAGCUGAAGCAGCUGCAGGCCGAUCGCCUGGUGGCGCAUGAGCUGGAGAUGGCGCGCCUGAAGGCGCAGCUGGCCAACGAACAGAAGCAACAGCAGACCGUGGCGCUGGAGCGCGAGCAGCUGCAGCAGCGUGUGGAGCAGCAGGGCGCCGAGCUGCAGCGCUGCAUGCUGGAGCUGGCCGAGAUGCAGCAGCUGCUGGAGAAGCGGGGCGCCGACAACGGUGAGCUGAUCGAGCGCGUCCGGCAAGCGGAUGCCGAGCGGGACAAAUUGCAGCGCGAGCUGGAGGAGCUGGUGAAGCAGUCCAAGGAGAAGAAAACGUCCGAGUCGUCGACCAGCUCCUCCACGGGCAAGCACAGCGAGGACGAGUUUAUAGUCGUACGCAAUACAGAUGCCACUGGCUCCAGCUCGGAUCCAGACCCCGAUCCGGAUGUAGAUGCCGACGCCGACGCCGACGCCGAUGUGGAUGUGGAUGCCACCAAGGAGGCGCUGCUCAACAAGCUCGGCGAAAUGGAGUCACGCAUCGCCGAGAUGACGGCCAUCAAUGCCAAGCUGCAGGACGCCCAGCUGGAGCGGCAGCUGGCGGAGAAUGUGCGCAAUGAGCAGUUGGACGAGCUGGAGACGCGUCUGCGCAUCAGCGAGUGCGAGAAGGAGCAACUGCAGCUGGAGCUGCAGCGCAAGCUGCAGCAGCUGACGAUGCAGAACCAGGAGCUGAAGCUGAACGCCGAGGCGGACCAGGAGACGCACGCCAAUGAUCUGGAGCAGCAGCUGGGCGCGCUGCGCGCCGAGAAUCGCCAGCUACGCCAGGAGCUGGACUCGAGCAUUGCACAGGCGAAGUUCCGCCAGGCCAUUGCCGAGGAGAAGCAGGAGAUCACUGACCUGGACAUGGACCUGGACCUGGAUGCCCUGAGCCUGGCCGAGAGCAGCUCAUCGCAGCUGAUGGCGAUGCUCGAGGCGCUGGUGGCCGACAAGUCCAAACAGAGCCUGGACCGCACCUAUCACCUGCUGAACGACCGCCUCAAGCACCUCGACAUGGCCGAGCGGGACGUGAUGGAUCUGCGCAAGCAGCUGCUCAUUGCCGAGCACGACAAGAAGACGCUCGAGGCGGACAUCUCGCAGUAUGUGCUGCAGUGCGACGAGCUGAUGAAGAACAACGAGGCGCUGCUCAACGAGAUGGACAAGGUGAAGCGCAACAAGCUGGAGACCAUCGAGGAGCAUCACGAGGAGACCAUCGCACAGCUCGAGCAGCAGCUGGAGGAGUCGCAGCUCCUGCUGCAGCACCAACAGCAGCAGCUGCUCGGCGAGGCGCAGCUGAAGGCGCAGCUGGCGGAAAAGCAACGGGAAAUAGAGGAGCUCAAAGUUCAGCUGGAUAGAAGUAAUCACAGACAGGCCGACAGCUAUCAGUUGGAGCGGCUGAGGCGGGAGUUAAAGGACCUGCAGCUGGCCAAGCAGGAGCAGGAGGCGCAAUUGGGCCUGCAGCUGGAGCAGCUUAGAGUGGAACUGCGUGCCAAGCAGGAGCAGCUGGAGCUGAAGUUACAACAAAAUGAAGAUGCCAUAGCUGAAGUGGGCACGCUGCACAUCCAGCUGGACGCCCAGCAGGAGGCGCUGCACGAGAGCACAGAGAGAGGCGAGGAGCUGGAGGCGCAGCUGAAGAAAUUGCAGGAGCAGUCCGACGACAUCACAGAAGCCGAGCAGCAACUGGAGGAAUUGCGCGAGCAAUUGCAGUCGAGCGACCUUCAGCUGCUGGAGAGCAGGCGGCAGGGCGAGCAGCUCAAGGUGGAGCUGGAGGAGCUGCAGUUACAGCUGAAGGAGGCAGCUGAGCUGCGCACUCAGCUGGCGGAGAAGACGGCACAGCUGCAGCAGCAGGAGCAGUUGCAAUCCCAGCUGAAUGAGCUGCAAGCGCUGUGCAAGCAGCAACAGAUCGAGCUGAAGGAUAAUCCCAUGCUGAGGAGCCUACGGGAAGAGCUGGAGGCGCGGGCAGAGCAGCUGACGCAGUUGGAGGAGGAGCGCAAUCAGCUGAAGGCAACACAGCUGGAGCUGCAGGCUAAGGCAGAGCAGAGCGAACAGCUCCAGCAGCAGCUGGACGAGCUGCAGGCCAAGUUGGAGGCACUGCAGCAAGCGCCGACAGAUGGCGUCGAUGUGAAGCAGAAGGAGCAGGAGCUGGAGCAGCUGAGGGCGCUGCAUGCGGAGGAGAUCGCUCAGCGACAGCAGUCGAUCGCUACACAGAACGCCGAGAAGCAGGAGCUGAUCAAGGCGCUGCAACAGAAGCACAUGGAGAACACGCAGUACUAUGCGGAAAUACAGCGACUGCAGCCGAUGGAACAGCAGCUGCGCGAUCUGUUCAAGGAGCGCGAGAAGCUCUUGGAUCAGAUCAAUUUCCUCAAGGAGAAGUCUGACAUACUCACCACAAAUCUGCUCACCGAGCAGAGCAAUCAGCGCCUGCUGCACCAGCAGCAGGCCGAGGCCCAGGAGCAACAGGCGACGCUGCAACGGGACUUGGAGCGACUGCGCGCCCAUCUCGUCGAGAUCGAGGAGCUGCACACGCAGGAGAGCGUCGAGCUGCAGCGCGAGCUGGACGAGGCGCGCGCCAAGCACGCGGCGCUCCAGAGCGAGGUGUCCAAAUCCAGCACCGCCUACACGUCAGCCAGCAUUCGCGCCAAUCAGCAGGCGGAGACGCUGCAGGCGCAGCAUGCGCUGCUGCUGCAGCAGCGGGACGAGCUGCUGGCCAAAAUCGGGCAGUUCGAGGACCGCGAACAGAAGCAACAGGCGGCCCUAACCAAUCUGCAGUGUGCGCUGGAACAAUUUCAGAAUGACAAGGAGCACGAGAUUACGCUGGCCACACAACGGAUGCGACGCGAGAUGCAGGCCCAGCUGGAGCAGCAGGCGCAUCUGCAGUCGGAGCUAAAUGCGCUGCAGCAGCAGCUGGCUGAGGCCAAUCAGGGAUUACGUGCCGCAUCCCGGCUCUCCGAUCAGCUGGAGGCCGGACAGCAGGCCAUCGCUGUGCUGCGCGACGAAGUGGACAGCCUGAAGGAAGCCAACCGGAAGCUGGAGCAGAGCCUCAGCAGCAGCGAGUCCAGCCAAACGGACAAGAUCGACAAGAGUCUCAUCAAGAGCCUGCUAAUUGGCUAUGUGGUCAGCGGGAAUGCGGGCGAUAAGCAGCAGGUGCUGCGCAUGAUAUCAUCUCUGCUGGACUUCAAUGCCCAGGAAUCUGAUAAGGUUGGCCUCAACAAGCCCCAAAGCAGCUGGCUGGGCAACAUACUUGGCGGUGGCGGUGGCGGUGGCGGUGGAGGCACCUCUAGUGCCAGCUCAGGCAAUGACAACUUGGUGCAGGCCUUUGUCAAGUUUCUGGAACAGGAAUCCCAGCCGCAGUCAACGGCGCAGGCACGACCCAAUCUGCUCAGCAUGGCGAAGCAAACGGAUGCAACUGAAGCACCUGCCAGCGGUAGCGGCGGCGGCGGUGGAGGAGGAGCAGGAGGAGGUGGAGCAGGAGAUGUUGCUGCUGCUGCAGCAAUAGCGUCGGCAGCUCAGUCCACUUCAACUUCAACUUCAACUGCAGCAACUGCAGCUACGACGGCAAGCACUGGACAUGCCACGCCCCCCAUCUCGGUAUUGCCCCCGAUGCAGUCGCUGCUCAUGAGCAGCAACGAAUUUGCGCCCACGCGCAGCUCCAGCUCAAUAUUGAAGGAUAUCCUCAGCGACACCUGAUUGUUGUAGAACAGCUUGGAGCUGCGUGUUCCGCGUGUGAUUGACUUUAUAAUUAUGUGUCUUUGAUUACCUUUUUUUUUUUAUUUUUUUUUUGUCUAAACUCUAAUUCAUAUAAAAUUGAAUAGUUGUAUAUUAAAGCGUGCAAUUCAAAUACCGUUUGUCAGCGACGGUUGAGUCCCGGCCAGAGUGUACUACUCGUAUAUAUCGCUACAAAUGCAUACCUAUAUUUGUAAUCCCCUUUUGUAACACCCCACACACGCACCUGUAAAUAUGUAAUAUGUUAAAAAAAAAGUAUAUCUAUAUAAAGAAUGCCAAUCUAUUGGGCAGUCAGCGAGCUGCCCUUGUCGCCUGUCAUUGAAGCGCCUUGAAAGCAGCUCGCUGGAACA